GCGGAUCAAGUUUGCAUGACGCGCAGCAGCGUUGCUCCGGAGGUGCCAGGAGCUUUUGUGCUAAUUACUCAAAGUGGGAGUCAAAGGGCGCGCUGAUCCAGGAUGGAGAUGAAGAAAAGAAUUCAUCUGGAACUGCGGAACCGCACUCCGUCAGACUUUGUCUGCCGUGUAGGUGAAGAAGCUCGUCCUGGACAACUGUUGCUCCAACGACGGCAAGAUGGAGGGCCUCACGGAUGAAUUCGAGGAGCUGGAGUUACUGAGCACGAUCCGCGUGGGGCUGACCACAGUGGCGGACCUGCCCAAGCUGAGAAAACUCAAGAAGCUGGAACUGGGCGACAACAAGAUCUCGGGAGGCUUGGACGUGUUGGCGGAGAAAUGCCCCAACCUCACCCAUCUCAACCUCAGCGGCAACAAGAUCAAAGACCUCAGCACCAUCCAACCUUUGAAGGACCUGGGCGCCCUGAAGAGCCUGGACCUGUUCAACUGCGAGGUGACCAACCAGAGCGAGUACAGAGAGAACGUUUUCAAGCUACUUCCGCAGCUCACCUAUUUGGAUGGAUACGACAAAAACGACAAAGAGGCACCGGAUUCCGACUCCGAGCUUUACCCCGAAGGCUGGGACUAUGAUGAUGAGGAGGAUGAGGAUGAUUUAGACGAGGAAGACUACGAUGACGACGCUGCAGCGGGAGAUGAGGACGAGGAAGAUGGAGAGGAAGAUGAAGAUGAGAAUGAAGAGGAGGGCCUUAGCGGAGAGGAGGAAGAGGAGGAUGACCUGAAAGAGCGAGACGUAGACGAGGAGGACGAGGAAGACGAGGAGGAGGAGGCAGAGGAAGAGCGGGGUCAGAAGAGAAAAAGGGAAGUGGAUGAAGAAGGAGACGAUGACGACGACUGAGUCGGUGUUGCGUCCUGGUCUUUGUCCCGGUCUUCCUCCUGGUCUUGGUCCUGGUCUUCCUCCCGGUGUCUUUCCCCGCAGUAGGACAGCUUUGGUUCUUUGCAGCUUUGUCACCUUUGAUGCUCCUGACGCCAGCAGGGUUGCCGACACGUCUUGGAAGCUAAAACGAGGCGAGGAUACGACUUUCCUUUUGAAGCCACCUUCCUUGUGGGUUCUCUACACCCGCGUGUGAAUCACGAUGGCGUGUUGAAGUUGAAACAGGAAAGAGCGCCUCGACUGCUACGACUGGGCUAGCUCAUCUGUUCCACAUUUUUUUUUAAAGAUCCGUGUCCUGGCACGCUGCCCUGAUGUACACCUCGUGUAUGACCCCCCCCACCCCACCCCCCCGACGCCACCAUCACCUUCAUAGUUGGGAUAUGACGUGUUUCUUGUAAAUAAUCACCAAAUCUAUUUUUUUGUAUCUUCUCGGUGGCGGCAGACAUUGAACACGUGUAACUGAUGUCAAAGCAGACAGUACGUCGUCAUAAGAUAUGAAUGAUGUUUAGGUCAAGACAGUACCCCCCCCCCCCCCCCCCACACACACACAUCACCCACACAGACCAUGUGACCAUUCUCUGCGGCUUCGUCCCUCCUUCCUUGCUGGAGACGCUGUGGAGGCCACGUGAAGGUUGCUGAUGCCGCAAACGUGUGCAGUGAAGUCAGUUAGGAUUUGGAAUAUGACGUGUGUGUGUAUAUAUAUAUAUAUAUAUAUAUAUAUAUAUAUAUAUAUAUAUAUAUAUA